GCAAUUGAAAAUGCAACGGCCACAUGUGAUUAAAUAUGGCGGCAUUUCGUGUUGGAUUAAUAAAGCAAAUUUCACGUGGCAUGUUUCGCUGCGAGGAAAGAAUGCGGCCGUCGGAAAGAUGCAUUAAUUCCGUGCAACUAUUGGGUCGAGUCGGUCAGUUUCCCAAGAAAGGAAAGGGUGAUGUAUGGAGGUUUCCUCUUGCUACUAGUCACAAAUUUCAAGGAAAAGAUGAAUUUGGCGAGAACAAGUUGAUGCAAAAGACACAGUGGCACAAUAUUGCUGUAUUUAGGCCAUAUCUUCAACAGAAAGUUCAAGAGAUGAUCUCGAAAGGCUCUCGUGUCCUUGUACAUGGCCGACUAGAAUAUGUAUCUUAUGAUGAUGAAGAUGGAUCAAGAAAAUCAUUUUCCUCUAUUGUUAUGGAUGAUGUAAUCCUACUUUCUUCACCAGAAGAACGUAAUUCGCUAGAAAAUGAGGAGGAAAUGGAAUUUGAAGAAAUGUCAUAAUCUUGCUUUCUUGUAAUUAGACUUUUUUCGAACUAUAUUAGAAAUAUUUGAUAUCAUAAAAAUAUGCUCUAUAAA